AUGAGUCAAAUAAACCAGGUUGAGACCUCCACCAAACGAGAGCAGAUUGUGUCUGCACGGAUCUGUGUUUUCCUGGAGGAUGUGGAGCAGAUGGCCAUAGACUGGCUGACAGGAAACUUCUACUUUGUUGAUGACGUGGACGACCGGAUCUUUGUUUGUGACAAGGACGGCCAGACGUGUGUCACCCUGCUGGACCAGGAGCUCUACAACCCCAAAGGCAUCGCCCUAGACCCCUCCAUGGGGAAGGUGUUCUUCACAGACUAUGGUCAGAUCCCCAAGGUGGAGCGCUGUGACAUGGAUGGUCAGAACAGGACCAAGCUGGUGGACAGUAAGAUCGUGUUCCCCCAUGGUAUCACCCUGGACCUGGUCAACAAGCUGGUCUACUGGGCCGAUGCCUACCUGGACUACAUCGAGGUGGUGGACUACGAGGGCAAAAACCGACACACGAUCAUCCAAGGCCUGCUGAUUGAGCACCUGUAUGGUCUGACAGUGUUUGAGAACUACCUGUAUGCCACCAACUCGGACAACGCCAACAUGCAGCCCAAGACCAGCGUGAUCAGAGUCAACCGCUUCAACAGCUCUGACUACCAGGUGGUCACCCGCGUGGACAAGGGCGGAGCGCUGCAUGUCUACCACCAGAGACGCCAGCCUCCAGUGCGGAGUCAUGCCUGUGCUCCAGACCAGUUCGGGAAGGCUGGAGGUUGCUCUGACAUCUGUCUCCUGGGCAACAGCCACAAGACCCGCACCUGCCGCUGUCGCUCCGGCUUCAGCCUGGGCAGUGAUGGCAAAUCCUGCAAGAAACCAGAGCACGAGCUCUUCCUGGUCUACGGUAAAGGUCGUCCAGGGGUUAUCCGGGGCAUGGACAUGAAUGCCAAGGUGCCCGACGAGUACAUGAUCCCCAUAGAGAACCUGAUGAACCCCCGGGCGCUGGACUUCCACGCCGAGAGCGAGUUCAUCUACUUCGCCGAUGCCACCAGCUUCCUCAUCGGCCGGCAGAAGAUCGAUGGCACGGAGAGGGACACCAUCCUCAAGGAAGGGAUCCACACCGUGGAGGGUAUAGCAGUGGACUGGAUGGCUGAUAACCUGUACUGGACAGACGACGGGCCCAAGAAGAGCAUCAGUGUGGCCCGGCUGGAGAAGGCCUCACAGACUCGCAAAACCCUCAUUGAGGGCAAGAUGACCCACCCACGAGCCAUCGUUGUGGACCCACUGCAUGGGUGGAUGUAUUGGACCGAUUGGGAGGAGGACCCAAAGGAGAGUAAGAGAGGGAAGAUUGAGCGGGCCUGGAUGGACGGCUCCAACAGGAACGUGUUCCUGACCAGUAAGACGGUGCUGUGGCCCAACGGCCUGAGCCUGGACAUCGCCCAGGGCCUGCUGUACUGGGUGGACGCCUACUACGACCGCAUCGAGAUGGUCUACCUCAACAGCACCGAACGCAAGACUGUGUACGAGGGCCAGGAGCUGAACCACGCCUUCGGCCUGUGCCACUACAAGCACUUCCUGUUCUGGAAUGAGUACCGCAGUGGCAGCAUCUUUAAGUUGGACACCACCACCAACCACGCCACGCUGCUCCGCAACGAGAGACCGCCCAUCUUUGAGAUCCGCAUGUACGAUGCCCAGGAGCAGCAAGGGUCGAACGCCUGUCGUGUCAACAAUGGUGGCUGCAGCAGCCUUUGUCUGGCCAUCCCUGAAGGGAGACAGUGUGCCUGUGCAGAGGACCAACUACUGGACGACCAUGACAACGUCAGCUGCAAAGCCAACCCCUCGUACAUCCCCCCUCCUCAGUGCCAGCCAGGAGAGUUUGCAUGUAAAAACAACCGCUGUAUCCAGGAGAGAUGGAAGUGUGACGGAGAUAACGACUGUCUGGACAACAGCGAUGAGGCCCCAGAGCUGUGCCACCAGCACACCUGCCCUGCCGACAGGUUUAAGUGCCAGAAUAACCGCUGUAUUUCCCUCCGCUGGCUGUGUGACGGAGACAACGACUGUGGAAAUGAUGAGGAUGAGUCCAACACCACCUGCUCUGCGCGCACGUGCCCGCCUAACCAGUACUCGUGUGCUAGCGGGCGCUGCAUCCCCCUGUCAUGGACAUGUGACCUGGACGACGACUGUGGGGACCUCUCAGACGAGCCCGGCUCCUGUGCGUACCCCACCUGCUUCCCCCUGACCCAGUUCACCUGCAACAACGGCCGCUGCAUCAACAUCAACUGGCGCUGUGACAAUGACAACGACUGCGGGGACAACAGCGACGAGGCGGGCUGCAGCCACUCCUGCUCCAGCGCCCAGUUCAAGUGUAACAGCGGGCGCUGCAUCCCAGACUACUGGACCUGCGACGGCGACAACGACUGUGGCGACUACAGCGACGAGACCCACGCCAACUGCACCAACCAGGCCACACGACCACCAGGCGGUUGUCACACAGAUGAGUUCCAGUGUCGGAUGGACGGCCUGUGCAUCCCUAUGGCUUGGCGCUGUGAUGGAGACACAGACUGCAUGGACCUGAGUGACGAGAAGACCUGCGAGGGAGUAACGCACAUGUGUGACCCGGCCGUCAAGUUUGGCUGCAGGAUUCGGGUGAGGAUGACCCUGCACCACACCGUAGACCAGGCGAACGCCCGCUGCAUCAGCAAGGCCUGGGUGUGUGACGGGGACAGCGACUGCGAGGACAACUCCGACGAGGACAACUGUGAGGCGCCUGGUGUGUAA